GGGGGCUCAGGGCACCCCGAGGGGCACCCUUUUGGGGGCCCCCCCCCAUGGACUCCUAAGUGCUCGCCCCGAACUUCGCCGGCAUGGCCAAAACCAGCUCCCUGCACUGCCGGGUGGUGGAGGGGAAGGACCUGCCCGCCAAGGACGUCUCCGGCUCCAGCGAUCCCUACUGCGUGGUCAAAGUGGACAAUGAGGUGGUGGCCAGGACGGCCACGGUGUGGAAGAGCCUGAACCCUUUUUGGGGUGAGGAAUACACCCUGCGCCUGCCCCGCGGCUUCCGCAACCUCGCCAUCUACGUGCUGGAUGAAGACACCAUCGGGCAGGACGACGUUAUCGGCAAGGUCUCGCUCAGCCGCCAGCAGAUCUCGGCCGAGCCGCGGGGCGUUGACAGCUGGCUCAGCCUGGCGCCUGUGCACCCCGACGAGGAGGUGCAGGGGGAGAUCCACCUGGAGCUGCGGGUCCCCGAGCGGGGCCACCCGCGGGUGCUGCGCUGCCACCUCAUCGAGGCCAGGGACCUGGCCCCCCGGGACCCCUCGGGCACCUCGGACCCCUUCGCCCGGGUGUCGUGCUGCGGGCACACGUUGGAGACAGCCGUGAUUAAGAAAACCCGUUUCCCGCACUGGGACGAGGUGCUGGAGUUCGAGCUGGCGGAGGGUGAGCCGGGGGAGGCCGUGCUGAGCGUGGAGGUGUGGGACUGGGACAUCGUGGGCAAGAACGACUUCUUGGGACGGAUUGAGUUCCCCCUGGACACCAUCUGCACGGCCCCCACCAAGGGCUGGUUCCAGCUCCUGCCCUUCCCCAGCACCACCGAGACCCUCGGGGGGCAGCUGGGUGCCCUGCGGUUGGCGGUGCGGCUGGUGGAGGACAGGGUCCUGCCCCCCCACUACUACCAGCCCCUCAUCCAGCUCCUCACCGAGCCCAUCCUCUGCCCCGGCCAGCCCCCCGCUGGCACUGCCCUGGCCAUCCUGGAGGAGGUGACCUCAGGGGAGAGCCGGCAGGACGUGGCCACCAAGCUGGUGAAGAUCUUCUUGGGGCAGGGGCUGGCCGUGCCCCUCCUGGACUAUCUCACCACCCGCGAGCUGGCCAGGACCACGGACCCCAACACCCUCUUCCGUUCCAACUCGCUGGCCUCCAAGUCUGUGGAGCAGUUCAUGAAGGUGGUGGGGCUGCCCUACCUGCACGAGGUCCUGAAGCCCGUGGUGAACCGCAUCUUUGAGGAGAAGAAGUACGUGGAGCUGGACCCCGGCAAGAUGGAUCUGAGCCGCAGCAGAAGGAUCUCCUUCAAGGGGUCCCUGUCGGAGGCACGGGUGCGGGAGAGCAGCCUGGAGCUGCUGAAGGGCUACCUGGGGGACAUCGUCGAUGCCAUCGUGGGCUCGGUGGAGAAGUGUCCCCUCCUCAUGAGGGUGGCCUUCAAGCAGCUCCGCAGGCGGGUGGAGGAGCGGUUCCCCUCGGCGCAGCACGAGGAGGUGCGGUACUUCUCCAUCAGUGGGUUUCUUUUCCUCCGCUUCUUCGCCCCCGCUGUCCUCACCCCGAAGCUCUUCAGCCUCCGGGAGCAGCACGCUGACCCCCGCACCGGCCGCACGCUCCUGCUGCUCGCCAAGGCGCUGCAGAGCAUCGGCAACCUGGGGCUGCAGCUGGGCCAGGGCAAGGAGCCGUGGAUGGCCCCGCUGCACGCCGUCCUGCUGCCCAGCGUCACCCGCGUCAAAGCCUUCCUGGACGGACUGGUCACAGUGGAGAGCACUGAGGCGGGCGAAGGGCCGGUGCCACCGGCACUUUUCCAGCCCUCGGGCACCAUCAAGGAGGGGUACCUGCACACCCGCACGGCGGGGGGGGCCACCCUGCUGCCCCGCUUCGCCUUCAAGAAAAGGUACUUCUGGCUCAGCGCCGAGGCCCUGACCUACUCCAAGUCCCCCGAGUGGCAGGUGCGCUGCUCCAUCCCCGUGUCGCGGAUGCGGGCGGUGGAGCGGGUGGACGAGGGCACCUUCCAGCACCCCCACGUCAUGCAGAUCGUGGCGCAGGAUGGCGCCGGGCAGCUCCACACCACCUACAUCCAGUGCAAGAGCGCCCAGGAGCUGUGGCAGUGGCUCUGGGCGGUGCGGCAGGCCAGCAGCGCCAACGAGGAGGCCAUGCUGCCCACUUGCCACCCGGGCACCUUCCGUGCCGGCCGCUGGACCUGCUGCCUGCAGCCCACCUGCACCGCGCCCGGGUGCAGCCGGACCCACAGCACGGUGGCGUUGGGCGAGUGGAGUGACCCCCUGGACCCCGCGGCGGCGGCACAGACCCUCUACGGGCAUCUCCGGCGGGCGGGGGCCCGGCUGCGGGCGACGGGGGCCGGAGGUCCCGAGGGCAACACGGCAUCCGAGCCCCCCGGCCCGGGGCAGGCAGGCGGGCCGGUCGGGGGGCGGCUGCAGGCGGUGCUGCGGGACCUGGACAUCGCCCACGAAGCCUUCGCUCGCCAGGACGGCGCCCCGAGCCCCCCCGAGCCCCCAGUUCCCCCCCCGGCCCCAGCCACUUGAAGGGCGGCGGCUGGGACUACACCUCCCAGCAUACCCUGCGGCUCCCCGCGCCCAGCCCCCCCUCGCCCGCGCCGCGGGGCCUGCUGGGAGAUGUAGUCCCCGCCACCCACCC